GUUGAAGAAAACUUUAAUUUUGAGAUCAUUUCAGAUAAAAUAUGGAGUUGUGCACACAAACCGUUGCAGCGGAACAUGAGGUUAAAAUUGCACGUCGAUUUGGCAGUCAUCAUCCUACUGUUUGGAGAGACCAUUUUCUUGCCUAUGCUGAUCUCCCGGGAGCCAAUGAGGAUGAAGAAAAGAAACUUGAAGAACUAAAAGAAGAAGUGAGAAAUAUGCUAGUGAUGGCUCCUUCAAAUUCUUUGCAAAAACUUGAUCUCAUCAACACAAUCCAACGUCUUGGUGUAGCUUAUCAUUUUGAAAGUGAAAUUGAGGAAGCAUUGACUUACAUGUACACUCAUUAUGAAGAAUGGAUUGGUCAUGACCUUUAUGCUAUUGCUCUAUGCUUUCAAUUACUUAGGCAACAAGGUUAUCGUGUCUCAUGUGAUGCUUUUAGGAAGUUUAGUGACGAUCAAGGAAAUUUCAAGAAAGAAUUGAUUAACGACGUGCAUGGAAUGUUGAGCUUAUAUGAGGCAGCACAAUUUAGAGUACAUGGAGAACAAAUUCUGGAUGAAGCACUGAAUUUCACCACCACUCAAUUGAAACUAAUUUUGUCUAAAUUGAGCAACUCCCAACUUGCACAACAAGUCGCCAAUGCACUCAAGUUUCCAAUUAAAGAUGGUGUUGUGAGAGUAGAAACAUGGAAAUACAUAUCACUUUACCAACAAAAUCAAAAUCACAAUCAAGUGUUACUAAACUUUGCCAAAUUAGACUUCAACAUCUUGCAAAGGUUGCAUAAAAAGGAGCUAUAUGAUAUGACAAGGUGGUGGAAAGAAUUGGAAAUGGUGAAUGCAUUACCUUAUAUAAGAGACAGAUUGGUAGAAGCUUAUUUCUGGAGUUUAGGCGGGUUUUUUGAGCCUCAAUAUAGCGUUGCAAGGAAAAUAUUAGCAAAAAUUACAUUUCUCCUUACUAUUGUUGAUGACACAUAUGAUACUUAUGGGACACUAGAUGAACUUAUUCUAUUCACUGAGGCAAUUGAAAGGUGGAAUGUUGAUGCUUCAGAAGAGUUACCACCAUAUAUGAAGAUUAUUUACCGUGGUCUUCUAGAUAUUUACGAAGAAAUUGAGAAAGAGUUGGCAAAUGAAAACAAGUCAUUUCUAGUCAACUAUUCCAUAAUAGGGAUGAAAAAGGUGGUGAGGGCUUACUUUCAAGAGGUAAAAUGGUAUAAUGAGAAGAAAGUACCAAGAAUGGAGCAAUAUAUGAAGAAUGGAAUUUCAUCAAGUGCUUACCUAUUGCUAACAACUACUUCCUGGUUAGCAAUGGGAAAGAUAGCAACUAAAGAUGCAUUUGAUUGGCUAGCAACUGAACCUCCAAUACUUGUUGCUUCUUGUAUCAUUGGAAGAUUACUCAAUGAUCUAAAAUCACAUGAGGAUGAGCAAAAAAGAGGAGAUGUAGCUUCUGGUGUGGAAUGUUAUAUGAAUGAAUAUGGUGUUACAAAAGAAGAAGCACACAUAAAAAUAAGAAAUAUAAUAGAAAAUUAUUGGAAGGAUUUGAAUGAAGAAUACUUCAAAAUGGAUGAGGCUAUUAUACCAAGGGUUUUGCUCAUGCGUAUAAUUAAUCUUACAAGAGUAGUUGGAUUCUUAUAUAAAGAUGAAGAUGCUUAUACUUUUUCCAAAAAUAACUUGAAAUAUGUCAUCUCUGAUAUACUAGUUGAUCCUAUUAUAUAGACUGAUGACAACAAGAAAAGGAAAAGGAAGAGCAAGAAAAAGAUGAAUCGUUUGUUUGGGGUUAGUUUUUUUUUGUGUUUUUUGGUUCAAUAAAAAUAUGGGAUAAGUUAAUUAAGAGUUGUUUAGGUACCCUGUAUUACUCAAAAAUAAAUAAAUAUUUCAAUGUUGAAUUUCAUAUCAAUA